GUGACGGCGAGUGACGUCACCGAAUGUUGUUGUCGGGGCGGGCGGGGCCGCGCGGCAAAGAUGGAGGAGGGGCGGCGGCGCGCGCGCGGGGCGGGCAGCGGCCAGGGCUCCCGUUCCCCGCGGGCGCAGUCCUGGCGCUGACGGCACCACCGGAGCGCGGCCCCCCCGGCACCAUGGAGCCCCCGAGUGAUGCAGAGGGGGGGUCUGGCCAUGAGCCUUCCCUGGAGCUCCUGUCCCACACCCAGCUCCUGCCGGGCCCAGGGCCGGAGGCGCCGGGGCCGGUGCUGGCGGCGGCGGCGCGGGAGCGGCAGCUGCAGCGGGAGCUGGAGGCCCUGAGGCAGCAGCAGCAGCUCCAGAAGCAGCUCCUGUUCGCCGAGUUCCAGAAGCAGCACGAGCACCUCACGCGCCAGCACGAGGCGCAGCUCCAGAACCACCUCAAGCAGCAGCAGCAGGAGGCUCUGGCCGCGCGCCGGCAGCAGGAGCUGGAGCAGCAGCGGCAGCGGGAGCGGCAGGAGCUGGAGCAGCAGCGCCUGGAGCAGCUGCGCAAGGACCGCGGCCGGGACAGCGCCAUCGCCAGCACGGAGGUGAAGCUGAAGCUCCAGGAGUUCCUGCUCAGCAAAACGAAGGAGCCGGGCACGGCCCCCCCCAACCAUUCCCUCCCCCAGCACCCCACUUGUUGGGCCCAUCACACGUCGUUGGACCAGAGCUCCCCCCCCCAGACGGGCAGCCCCGGGACCCCCCCAUCCUAUCGCCCCCCCCUGCUUGGGACGUACGAUUCCCGGGAUGAUUUCCCGCUCCGCAAGACCGCGUCGGAGCCCAACCUGAAGGUCCGCUCCCGGCUGAAGCAGAAGGUGGCCGAGCGCCGGAGCAGCCCCUUGCUGCGCAGGAAGGACGGAGCCGUGCUCAGCGCCUGCAGGAAGAGAACCGUGGAGAUCACGGUGUGCUCCGUGAGCAGCAGCAGCAGCGCCCCCGGCUCCGGGCCCAGCUCCCCCAACAGCUCCCCCAGUGCCGAGAACGGGCUCACGGGCUCCGUGCCCAACAUCCCCGCGCAGCAGCUCCUGCCGCAGCCCCGGCCGCUGCCCCUCGAUGCCGUGCCCCAGCUCAGCCUCUACACGUCCCCGUCGCUGCCCAACAUCUCCCUGGGGCUGCCGGGGCCCGGCCCCCCUCUCCCUGUGGAGCCCGAGCGCGCCCCCCCCGCGCUGCGCCCCGCGCUGCCCGCGCAGCUCCUGAGCGCCCCCUCGCUGCUGGCGGGGGGAGCGGCCCUGGACGGGGACCCCGCGGCCGGCCCCGGGUCGCUGCUGCAGCGGGUGCUGCUGCUGGAACAGGCGCGGCAGCAGAGCGGGCUCCUGGCGGUCCCGAUCCACGCCCGCCCCGCGCUGGGCCCCGGUGACCGCGCGGGCUCCGUGCGGGCGGUGCCGAAGCUGCCGCGGCACCGGCCCCUCAGCCGCACGCAGUCGUCCCCGCUGCCCCAGAGCCCGCAGGCGCUGCCCCACGGCGCCCUCCAGCACCACUUCCUCGACAAGCAGCAGGUCCCGCUCGGCAAGCUGCUGCCCAAGGCUGGGGAGCUCCCGCGGCCCCCCCCCACGCACCGCGAGGAGACAGAGGAGGAGCUGACGGAGCAGCAGUCGCCCCCCCCGCAGGACCAGGAGCCCUCCCCGCUGCCCUCGGACCCCCCCCGGGACCCUGAGGAGCCGGGAGGCAGCGGGGACGAGCCCGAUGGCCCCGAGCUGGGGGGCCCCUUCCAGCAGAUGCUUCCUGAGGCGCCGGUGCCGCUGUUCCCAGGCCCCCCCCCGGCACUGCUGGCGCUGCCGCACCCGGCGCUCGCCCGCACGCACUCGUCCCCCCCCAGCACCCAGCCCCUCCAGCCCGACGGGGGCCCCCAGCUCCGCUUCAGCACAGGGCUGGUGUACGACACCUUCAUGCUGAAGCACCAGUGCACGUGCGGGAACACCAACAUCCACCCGGAGCACGCCGGCCGCAUCCAGAGCAUCUGGUCCCGGCUGCAGGAGACGGGGCUGCUGGGCAAGUGCGAGCGCAUCCGGGGCAGGAAGGCGACGCUGGAGGAGAUCCAGACGGUGCACUCGGAGCACCACGCGCUGCUCUAUGGCACCAGCCCCCUCAACCGCCAGAAGCUCGACAGCAAGAAGCUGCUGGGUCCCAUCACCCAGAAGACGUACGCGGUGCUGCCAUGCGGCGGCAUCGGGGUGGACAGCGACACGGUGUGGAACGAGCUGCACUCGCCCAGCGCCGUGCGCACGGCCGUGGGCUGCCUGCUCGAGCUUGCCUUCAAGGUGGCGGCCGGGGAGAUCCAGAACGGCUUCGCUGUCAUCCGCCCACCGGGGCACCACGCUGAGGAGUCCACGGCCAUGGGCUUCUGCUUCUUCAACUCGGUGGCCAUCUCGGCCAAGCUGCUGCAGCAGAAGCUCAGCGUGAGCAGGAUCCUCAUCGUGGACUGGGACAUCCACCACGGCAAUGGCACCCAGCAGGCGUUCUACAGCGACCCGGCCGUGCUCUACAUCUCCCUGCACCGUUACGACGAUGGCAACUUCUUCCCUGGCAGCGGCGCCCCUGAGGAGGUGGGCAGCGGAAUGGGGGUGGGCUUCAACAUCAACAUCGCCUGGACCGGGGGGGUGGACCCCCCCAUUGGGGAUGUGGAAUAUCUGACUGCCUUCAGGACCGUGGUGAUGCCGGUGGCCAGCGAGUUCUGCCCGGAGCUGGUGCUGGUCUCAGCCGGGUUCGACGCCGUUGAGGGGCACCUCUCACCCCUGGGGGGCUACUCCGUGAGCGCCAAGUGCUUCGGGCACCUCACGAAGCAGCUGAUGAUGCUGGCGGGGGGACGCGUGGUGCUGGCGCUCGAGGGGGGGCACGACCUCACCGCCAUUUGUGACGCCUCCGAGGCCUGCGUGAGCGCCCUGCUGGGCUUGGAGCUGGAGCCGCUGGACCCGUCCUUGCUGCAGCAGAAACCGAACGUGAACGCGGCGGCCGCGCUGGAGAAAGUCAUCGAGAUCCAGAGCCGGCACUGGGGCUCUCUGAAGCGUGGGGGGGCCCCGUGGCUCAGCGCUGGGGGGGACGCGGAGGCAGAGGCGCUCUCGGCCAUGGCCCAGCUCUCGGUGGGGGCAGAGCAGGGGAGCGGCGACACCAGGCCCAGGCCAGCCGAGGAGCCGAUGGAGGCAGAGCCCGCGCUGUGACCGAGCAAACCCCAGGAAUCCCCAAAAACCACCUGGAAAACCGCAGAAAAAGACAAAAAAAAAGUGGGAAUUGGGCAGAAAAGUGGGAAAAAAAAAGAGGAAAAUAUUUUCUUUUUCUAUUAAAAAAGGCAGAAAAG